AUGACUACUUUGGACCAAUUGGAUUUUAAGCUGAACGAACAAUUAAAUAAACUAGAAAAUGACCUAAUCUCUUUAAGCAAAAAGGAAUAAAAUUAAAAAACUGCUGCAAUUAAUAAAUGUCAAGCUCAAGUUAAUAUAAUUUCCACUAAUAUUGAAACCUAUAAACUUGAAAUUUGUUAUCUUUAUAAAGCUGAAAAUGAAAAGUAUAUUAAUAUUAUAGUUUAGAUAUAAAGAGUCAUUAAGAUAAAUUUUAUAAAGAUUUUAGCGAUUGGAAUCAGAAUUAUAGUUUAAGAAAAAUGAAGUGCAGACACUGGAGAAUCUAUUUAAAGAAAGGUCAAAUUAAUAGACUUAAAAAUAAUAAGAUAAUUAUUCAGAAUAAGUUGUUGAUAUGGGUAAUUAAAUGUAGGAGAAGGGUAUUUAUAGAAUCAAUAAAAUUUAGCAUUAAAGGCAUUGUAAAAUGCGACUUAAGCUGUGGAUGAUGCUAAUGCUAUAGCAGAUUAAAUAAAUGAGAUACUAGAUGGUCAAAUUAAUCAAUUAGAUGGAAUGUAUAACACAGUAAAUGACACUUAAUCUGUUUUAAAAAGAUCAGCUGAAAAAAUACUAUAUUUUACCAAGUUUCUUUUUAUAAUUAAUUAAUAGAUAAGUAUAAACCGACAAACUCCAAAUCUGUUUGAUUGGUCUAAUUUUUAUAUGCAUAAUAGUUUUAAUUGUAUUAUCAGCAUUAGGGCUGGAUGAAGGAAAUUUCAAUACUCCAGAUUAAGUAAAAGGAUCUUUAGCAUUUGAAAGUGGUAGUGUCACAAAUACAACCACAACAACUCGAUCUGGAUGA